UCAGCGCUACUAUUGUUUACCUACUCAUACAUACGAUAGUCUCAAUUUUAAUACAGAUUUAGCAAAUUAGAUAAUUUUUCGUUAAUAUGUAUUUGCAGUAGACAUUUACAUAAGUAUAAAUACGCGUACACGUACAACCAAUAAAUUAGCGGCAUCGACAACAGUUAACUUAUUUUUUAUUUAUAUUUAUGAGUGUUUCGAUAACAUGGCUCUGCGAAAAGUGUUGGUUGUGAAUAAGACAUUCCCUGUCGCUGGUUUGGAGUUAUUAAAAAAACAAGUUGAGGUGACAGUUGUGCCUCACAUAGAUCAUGAGCCCGAAAUUAUAACUGCAAUCGAAAAUGAGUUGAAGACCCAAAAAUAUGCUGGAAUAAUUUGGAAUACGAAGCACAGACUUACUGGGCCUCGUUUGGAUUUGGCUGGACCGACACUAAAAUGCGUCUCAACAAUGUCGUCGGGCCUGGACCAGAUCGAUUUAGAAGAGAUAAAGAAGCGCGGCCUGCGCCUGGGCAACACGGUUAAAGUUCUCGACAAUGCUGUGGCUGAUAUCGCCGUUGGACUGGUCAUAGCUGCUGCUAGGAGGUUUAAGGAGGGGGUAGAAGAACUGGAAAGUGGUGCGUGGAAAGAAGGAGCGCAGUGGAUGCUGGGACAAGACAUCGGAGACAGCACGGUAGGCAUUGUGGGCCUCGGGGGCAUCGGGCAAGCCAUCGUCAGGAGACUGAGGGGGUUCGAUGUGAAGCGGUUCCUUUAUAGUGGGAGGACUGACAAACCUGAAGCCAAAUCUUUGGGAGCAGAACGGAUACCUAUAGAACAAUUGCUUAAGGAAAGCGACUACGUAAUCCUGUGCUGCCCUCUCACGAGUGAAACUAAACAUUUGAUCAACGAUGAAAGACUUGGAAUCAUGAAGAAGAACGCUGUUCUCGUUAAUAUAGCACGAGGAGGUGUGAUAGACCAGGAAACGCUGUACAGAGCUUUGAAAGAAAAACGUAUUUUCGCGGCAGGACUAGACGUCACAAGUCCAGAACCUUUGCCGAAGGACGACCCUCUGAUAUCAUUGCCCAACUGUUUUAUUGUACCUCAUUUGGGCAGCGCUACAAACGAAACCAGGAACAAAAUGUCUAGAAUUUCAGCCAACAAUAUUUUGUUAGCUUUGGACGAAAAGCCUAUGAUGAACCCUGUUAUUUAAAAUGUAAAAUAAUAGAAUAAACUCAAAACUGUUGUUAGCAACAAUUAUGUUUUUAGUACUUUAUGCUAAUGAAUACAGUUAAAACUUUACGA